GAAUAUAAUAGCUAUUAUCAAUAUUUUUCAUUCGAGAUGCUACCUGCCUUAACGUCCUACUUGAAAAAAUCAUGUCAACCGUUACCAGAAGUAGAAAAACUGUUUUCCACAUUCCAAAUAAAAUCAGUGUAACAGAAACGGGUUACUUUUAAGUAGCACAGUAUAUAUAAAAUUAAUCUCUGUUGAUGAAAAUAAAUAUAACUAUAACUUUAUUAAUGCAAAGUGAAUCAUUGGAAGCAUACACGGCACGAGAUAAUCGAAGUCAUUCGUGACUUACAUAUCAGGCAGGUCGUCCUUGUUCAUUCUUUGACGAUUUUAUCUACAGUGUACUUCGCAAUAUGAACGUGAACAAUGACACUUCUUUCAAAACUUUGGGGGAUAUGUUUUACCAUUGCCUCCACAGAGAUAAAAUUUUCCAGUAUUUGGAUGAUAUAAAUGAAACGACAACCUAUUCAGAUGUGUUACAAUGGAGUAUUAGGACGGCUGUCAAACUAAAAAAAAUGGGAAUUUCACGAAAAGAUAUAGUUAGUUCGUGUACGCACAAUCAAAAAUACACUCCAGUACCUUUCAUCGCCACUCAAUUUCUAGGAGCAAUAUGCAACAGCUUUGAUCCAAACUUAUCCCACUUAGAUACCAUUCAUCUCCUCAAACUCAUUGAACCAAAAAUCCUAUUUGUCGCUGAAGAAUCUUUAGCUUUUAUGGAAAGUUGUUUGGAAAAAGCUGGUGUGAAGACAGAAAUUGUUGUUUUUGGACCAUGCAAAAAAUAUAGACAAUUUUCAGAGUUUAUUGAGCCUAGCGAAGAAGAAAACUCCUUCCAAAUCGAAAAGGUACAAAAUGAUUCUGAUACGGCAGUAAUAUUUUUCAGUAGUGGAACUACUGGUCUACCCAAAGGAAUAUGCUUAAAUCACAAAGCUCUGAUCAAAUCAUCCGGAACAGUUGGAGUAUUAGGUAACGCUAAAGAUAAGAAUACUGUGAUUAUGACGUAUACCACUCUUUAUUGGAUCAGUGCAGUAUUUUCUUUACUCAGAUCUGUAAGGUUUGGCUAUUCUUGUGUUAUAAGAGUCAAAUUUGAUCCGGAAUAUACAUGGAGAUUAAUUGACAAAUACAAGAUAUCUACAAUGUUUUUAGCGCCAUACCAUGCUAUAGAUUUUGUCAAACAUAAGCCUGCCGAUGUUGAUGCAAGUAGUCUAGAUAGUUUUCUAGUGGGAAGUUGUGCUGUCCCUUUGAAAUUAAUGACAUCGCUUUUCGAAAUAUUGCCCCAAGCGAAAAUUGUCCAGGGUUAUGGUCAAACUGAAGCUGGAUCUUUAAUUACCAUGUUCAAUGUUACUUCACCUGAAGAAUAUGCUUUGCAACUCAAGAAGCCCCUAUCCUGUGGGAAAAUGUUGAAAGGUUUUCAGUGGAAAAUUGUUGAUACCGAAACGGAGAAAGUUCUUGGACCAAAUCAAAGAGGAGAGUUGAGAGUUAAAUUUGAUGGUUAUCUGAUGAACGGCUACUACAAAAUGGACUCUUCUUCAGCUUUCGAUUCAGAAGGAUACUUAAAAACUGGCGAUAUUAUGUACUAUGAUGAUGACGAAUGCUUUUACGUUGUUGGUAGAAUCAAAGAAAUAUUUAAAUACAGAGGAUGGCACAUUCUACCUAAUCUCAUAGAAGAUAUAAUACUAUCUCAUCCUGCUGUUAAAGAAGCAGCUGUAAUUGGAGUACCCCAUGAAAUUGAUGGAGAGCAUGCUAUGGCGGUGGUUGUACUAUUUGAUGAAUACGAUAAGAACUGUGGAAAGGAAAUCGAAGAAUUUGUAAAUGAAAAAGUUGCUGAUAGCCAAAAGUUGCGAGCGGGCGUUAAAAUAGUAGAUUAUAUUCCAAAAACGACGACUAAUAAAAUUAGACGUAAUGAUCUGCGGAAGAUGAUAGGAGCAAUCAAAAAUGGCAUGAGCGUCUACAUAAAUUGGAAUGAUAAAUCUGUAUAAAAUCCAAAUACUUUCACUUUGAACAGCUUAUAAUUGGCUAAUCAGAAAAUGAAUGGCAUUCUCUAUCGACAAAUUCUCAAACGAUUAAGCGUUAUCAAGUCAAAAUCUGAUAAUUUUGGACGUAACUCUCGUUGUUUUCAAAAUAUUCUUAUUUUGGUGAGACCUGCCUCUGCGAGAAUUGGAAAAAAAAUUACUGAAAACUUCAAACUUAUGUUGUAAAGUUAUUUUGAAAUUAAAUUCAAAAAUGCCUGGAUUCAGUUUCAUUAGAAACAGUAUAAGUUGUAAGUAUAAGUAUAACUAAACCACCGCAUCUUUAUAGAAAUAUUAGCAGUUGGUUGCGAUAUUCAUGCUCAGCUCAUCAUUUCAGUGAGUACAACUUAACAAUUUUUUUUAACCUGUAAAAAAUUAUUUUUGCUUAAAAAUCUGUAAUAUACUCUUAAUCAACGAUUCUUAUUGAAAAUAUAAUAUCAAUGUACCUAAUACAUUUAGUUAAUUGUACAAUUUCUCAAUAAACACUUUCGACUA